AUGAAUAAUAAGGCGCGCAGUAGCCUAUCGGAUCCGGCCCUUGCUACCAAAGCAUUGGACCGGGUUCGAGUCCGGCCCCAAGAAAUACAAACGAGUUCCAAUCUCAAAAGUUUAUCCCCUACCGUAGUCGCUCAUGACCUUAUAGCAAUAAAUUAUUCAGCAGGAAAUAGAGAGAAAUGUUUCAUGAAUUGA